UCCUGAUCUCUCUCGCUGUGAGACAUGUCUGAGACUCCUGCUCAGUGUAGCAUUAAGCAGGAACGAAUUUCAUAUACACCUCCCGAGAGCCCGGUGCCGAGUUACGCUUCCUCGACUCCACUUCAUGUUCCAGUGCCCCGAGCGCUCAGGAUGGAGGACGACUCGAUCCGUCUGCCCGCGCACCUGCGCUUGCAGCCAAUUUACUGGAGCAGGGAUGACGUAGCCCAGUGGCUCAAGUGGGCUGAAAAUGAGUUUUCUUUAAGGCCAAUUGACAGCAACACGUUUGAAAUGAAUGGCAAAGCUCUCCUGCUGCUGACCAAAGAGGACUUUCGCUAUCGAUCUCCUCAUUCAGGUGAUGUGCUCUAUGAACUCCUUCAGCAUAUUCUGAAGCAGAGAAAACCUCGGAUUCUUUUUUCACCGUUCUUCCAUCCCGGAAACUCUAUACACACACAGCCAGAAGUCAUCCUGCAUCAGAACCAUGAAGAAGAUAAUUGUGUCCAGAGGACCCCAAGGCCACCAGUGGAGAACGUGCACCACAACCCCCCCACCAUUGAACUGUUGCACCGGUCUAGAUCACCUGUCACAGCCAAUCACCGGCCUUCUCCCGACCCCGAGCAGCGGCCCCUCCGGUCCCCCCUGGACAACAUGAUCCGCCGCCUCUCCCCGGCCGAGAGGGCCCAGGGGCCGAGGCUCCACCAGGAGAACAACCACCAGGAGUCCUACCCCCUGUCAGUGUCUCCCAUGGAGAAUAACCACUGCCCACCGUCCUCUGAGCCCCACCAGAAGCCAUCGAGCCCCCGGCAGGAGAGCACCCGCGUGAUCCAGCUGAUGCCCAGCCCCAUCAUGCACCCUUUGAUCCUGAACCCCCGGCACUCCGUGGAUUUCAAACAGUCCAGGCUCUCCGAGGACGGGCUGCAUAGGGAAGGGAAGCCCAUCAACCUCUCCCAUCGGGAAGACCUGGCGUACAUGAACCACAUCAUGGUGUCUGUCUCCCCACCCGAGGAGCACGCCAUGCCCAUUGGGAGAAUAGCAGACUGUAGACUGCUUUGGGAUUACGUCUAUCAGUUGCUUUCUGACAGCCGGUACGAAAACUUCAUCCGAUGGGAGGACAAAGAAUCCAAAAUAUUCCGGAUAGUGGAUCCCAAUGGACUGGCUCGACUUUGGGGAAACCAUAAGAACAGAACAAACAUGACCUAUGAGAAAAUGUCCAGAGCCCUGCGCCACUACUACAAACUAAACAUUAUCAGGAAGGAGCCAGGACAAAGGCUUUUGUUCAGGUAG